ACGUCGACGACGGCGUACGACGAUCUCGCGCACAACGACGACGACGACGGCGACGACUUUGCAUACGCACUGUACGACGAUGACGGAGCCGGAAAUUUGCCGGCUAUGCGCCGAGACCAAGGACAGUCUCAUCGGGAUCUACGACGCCGAAGGUCAGAAGCUCGCGAUCGAGGCCAAGAUCGCGAAAUGCCUGCAGAUACAGGUUGUAAUAACAGAUGGCUUGCCACUUAUGGUUUGCAUAGACUGCUGUGAUUCAUUGAACCAGUGCAAUGAAUUCUUUGAGAAGACUAAUCAAGCACAAAUAUCUCUAAGACAAUUGCUAUUAGAUCCAAAGUCCGAACCACAACCGACUGAACCAAAUAUAGAUUGUGUUGAGGAGACCGUAGAGUUUCCAAAGAACGAGUCCAACAAUAGGGAAGAGAUUGUCCAGUGUCAAUUAUCUGGCAAUUAUAUCGAUGAGACAGUCAAUAUCUUGAAUAAUUCUUACUUCAUUGAGGAAUGUAAUAAAAACGCGAAUUCCGAAACUCAAGAGAUGCAAGAUCACGCAAAACAGAAGAAGUGUAAGAUACAGAUAAAGAAGAGCUCUCCUAAACAAACUAAGAAAAAAUUAAAGAAAAAAGGUCAGAUACAAAAGAUUGAAGAAGAGUCUGAGCUUGAUGUAUCUUCUCAAGUAGACAAGGAACAGGAUGACGUCGCAAAUGAAGUCGUAGAUAAUUAUAUGCCUGAGACAGAAUCAAAUUUAGAAAUAAGAGAAACACGAACGUUAGAGGCAACAAAGCAUGGAAGAAAAAAGACAGAAGGUUUGGAGAGAUAUCCUUGGUUAUGUACAGAUUGUAAUGACAAAUUACCAUCUCUAGAAGCAUUAGAGGAGCAUCACGAAAUGGUGCAUAAUCAGCAAGCCAAGUAUAUGUGUGUGCAAUGUUGUAAGGUUUAUGAUAAAUAUUAUGGAUUUCUUACUCAUGUUAAAAGGCAUAAGAAUAAAGCAAAGUUCAGCUGUGACGAUUGUGGAAAAUCAUUUGUACAUAAAAAAGUAUUAGACUCUCAUAAGACAAUUCACAGCGAGGAACGGCCAUAUGUGUGCCAAACUUGCGGUAAAGCUUUUAGGCAGCAAAGUGCUUUAUGUAUUCAUAAUCGAUGCCAUUUGCCUGAACCUAUGAAGAAUAGAUUUCCAUGCGACCAAUGUGAUAAAAGGUUCUCGACCAAACCAAAUCUUGUAACACACAAACGUAUUCAUUCUGGUGUCAGAAACUUCACGUGCGAUCAAUGUGGUAAGAGCUUCAUACAGAAAGGAAAUUUAGAAGCUCAUUUCCUAACUCAUUCACCAGAUAAGCCAUACAAUUGCUCUCAAUGUACAAAAGCAUUUAAAACACCCUUACAAUUGAAAAAACAUGAAACAGUACAUACUGGUGCCAAGCCGCAUCAAUGUGCUGUAUGUGGACGAACUUUUAGAGAGAAAGGAACCUUGAGAGAACAUCACAGAAUUCAUACCGGUGCAAUGCCGUUUACCUGUGAAUUCUGUGGAAAGUGCUUCCGUUUCAAAGGGAUAUUAACUACACAUAGGCGACAACACACCGGAGAGCGUCCAUACAGUUGUUUGGAGUGUCAGCAUCAUUUUACGAAUUGGCCAAAUUAUAACAAACACAUGAAACGUAGACAUGGAAUUAAUACUUCUCACACUAAGCAUCUAACGAAUAAUCAACAAUUGCAACAGCAGCAGUCGACAGAACAAACGCAGACUUCGAUACAACAGCAAUCUGCUGAAGAGGAUCCACUUUCGAUACCUCAAACAGAAUCAACAACAGUACAAGUAAUACAAGCAGUUCCUCAUGCUUCAGCAUCACAACCGAUAGUCAUCCAAGCUAUUCCAACAACUGCUAUUCAGACUUUCCAAACGGACGUCACUAGUACUGUCCAAGAGACGGUAUUCAGAGACCGAAACACAUAUUUCAAUACAGUGCCAGGGUUACAAAACUUUUUGCCAACGAACUUGCCGUAUAACUUUUACAGCAUUCCUAGUGUUACGGAAAAUGAUUUAAUUCAACAUAGAAUUCCGGCGGAUUAUACCGUAGAUAACCUAAGAGAAUCAGUGGUUAGAAUGGAUUUUCAUGAUGUCACUCACUGCAUUUUCGACAUGGAUGGUUUAUUAUUAGAUACAGAAUCCAUAUAUACAAUGGCGUACAACCGUGUCACUCAGGAAUAUGGGAAAACGUAUGGCUGGGAGCACAAAGCGAAGAUUAUGGGUAAUAAAACUGCUGAAGCUCUGCAGACUUUAAUAGAAAUGUUACAGCUUCCGAUUACAGUGCAAUCAUUUGAAGAUAAGCUCGUUCCUAUAUGCAAAGAAGAAUUUCUUCAAUGUAAUCUUAUGCCAGGUGCAGAAAGGUUGUUGCAGCAUCUUAAAAAGAAUAAUAUACCUAUCGCACUAGCUACAAGUUCAAGCGAGGAGAGUAGCGAUUUAAAAACUCAAAAAUGGAAACACUUAUUCGAUCUGUUCAACCAUAAAGUGUAUGGUGGUUCUGACCCAGAAGUCACCCGAGGAAAACCACAUCCAGAUAUAUUCUUGAUUGCCGCAAAACGUUUCCCUGAUAAUCCUGAUCCUUUAAAGUGCCUAGUCUUUGAAGAUUCACCGAAUGGAGUACAGGCUGGUAUCGCUGCGAAGAUGCAAGUGGUAAUGGUGCCAGAUCCUCAGCUUCCUAAACACCUCACCAACAACGCAACGUUGGUCUUACAAAAUUUGGAAGACUUCAAGCCAGAAGACUUCGGCCUACCGCCAUUUAUAGCAUAAAAAUAUAAUUAAACCAUUUACCUUCCUAUAUACAAAGGAAGUAUAGAUUGCAAAAGAGAAUAUUAGAACAUAUUAGAUCCUUAUAAAUGAAGCAAAUAAUUGUUAGCGAAAAUCAGAAAAAGCCUGCAGGCAGGUUUUAAUUAUUAAUUAGCAUUAAUAAAAUCUGACUGAUGUACAUAGAUCUGAUUUGAAAAAA